AUGCUGCGGCCACCGCGAGCCUGCAGCGUCCCACACGCAUCCGACGACGACCGCUCCCGCCGUUGCGUGACGGCACGAGGCAAGGAAGAAGCGGGGAAAGCGGAGACGUGGAGGGGGACAGUCGGGCGGGUUGUAGGCGUGGCGUGGUACGUGUGCGUGGGCGCGCUGCUGCUGGUGUGCGUGCGGCAAGUGAUGACGCUGUUGCUGCAGCACAAGGUCGCCUCUUUCUCCGCCUUCGCCUCGUCCCUCUCCGCGCUCCCCCCGCUCUUCUGGCAAUCGCUCCUCCUCUCCUCCGCGCUCGCCCUCUCCGCCCUCUCGCGCCUCCUCUCCCUGCCCACCGCACCCUCGCUGCUAUCACCCCCGUUACAAGCGCCUCCGUUUCAGUCACACGCCUCCCCUGCUCCCGUUCAACCUGGGAUGCCUCAGCAGAGACACGAGCAGCAGCAGCAGCAGCAGCAGCAGCAGCAGCAGCAGCAGGGGGCACAGAAGGCGUCUACAGCAGCAGCAGCAGCAGCAGCAGGGCGGGGAGUAAAGGCUGGGAGUGAGCCUGUGAGCGUGGCAGAGCUGCAGCAGGUGGUGGGGCUGGUGCAUGCGCUGUCACGGCAUGUGGAGAAGAUUCAACUGCACACACGGGUCACGAGGCGGACACUCAGAGACCCCAUGCUGCAGACCUCAAAGCUUGCAGAGGCGACAGCGCAGCAAGUACAAGGCUUACAAGACGCCCUGGUGGCAUCUAGAAGGGAGUCGGAGGAGGUGCAGCUGCUGCUGCUGGGCGUACAGGACCAGUCCGUUCGCCAGUUCGACCUCUUCUCUAACUCGCUUCGUCUCCUGCGCUCACAGCAAGACGCUCUGAAAGCACAGCAGGAGACGAUAAGAUCACAGCAGGAGGCGUUGAGAGAGGAGCAGGAGAGGCUUAAGGGGGAGCGGUUGGCUGGCUGGGCACAGCAGAACGGUUCUGUGCGGUGGGAGCAGGUGGUUGAAGGCAUGCAGCAGCAGUUGUGCGCACAGCAGGACGAGCUGAAGGCGCAGCAGGAGGUGCUACUGACACAGCAGGAACAGGUGAGCGCGCACCUGGAGCAGGUGAGGAAUCAGCAGGAGCAGCUAGGAGCGCAGCAGGAGGAGGUGGGGGCGGAGAGGGAGCAGAUUCGGGCAGAGCAGGAGGGCAUACGGAGCGCCCAGGAGGGAUUGCUUGGGGCGCAGAAGAAGCUGCUGUCUCUGGUAGCUGCAGUGCAGCAGCAGCGGGAGAGUCGGGCUGGUGCUAAAGAAUCACUCGCAGGAAGUGGAGGUGUUUCCACUGAAGGUUCUCCCACGGGAGGGGUGUUUGCGCCGAUCGAUCUCGCUUCACUGCAGCAGAUGAGAGAGCAGCAGCAGGCGCUAGCACGGGAGCAGGAGACAUUAGCUAAAGAGCAGGAGCGGUUGAAUAAAGAGCAGGAGGAGGUGAAGCGGGAGCAGGAGAGGGUGGGGCGGAAGCAGAGGGAGGUGGAGCGGGAGCAGCGGCGCAUGGAGGAGUAUCAGCGCCAGCUGGCGGGAAGGCUGCUGGCGGCUGUGGUGGCUGUGGAGGAGCUGAGGAGGGAGAGGUGGGUGGGUGGGGGGAGACGGGCGAGUGGGGUUGGGGAGAGUGGUCCUGGCGAGACUGGUGAUGGUGAUCGUGGUGCUGAUGCUGCUGGUGAUGCUGAUGUGAGCGGCUCGUCGUUUGUGAAGGGUAGCGCUUCGAGCUCCCGCCAGACGUUGGCGAUUAAGCCUGCUUCCAGGAGCUCGUCUGCUUCUUCGAAGGGCGGUGCGAUGGGUGCCAACGCAUCUGCGACGACGUUCGCGGGGAAGACCUUCCACGACUUCACUGUCAAUGACAUCAGCGGCAACCCCGUGUCGCUGUCGCAGUACAAGGGCAAGGUCGUUCUCGUCGUCAACGUCGCCUCGCAGUGUGGACUCACCGAUUCCAACUACAAGGAGCUGCAGUCGGUGUACGACAAGCUCAAGGACAGAGGUCUGGAGAUUCUGGCGUUCCCGUGCAACCAGUUCGGGUCGCAGGAGCCGGGCAGCAACGAGAAGAUCAAGGAGUUCGCGUGCUCCAGAUACCGCGCCACCUUUCCUCUCUUCGACAAGGUGGAUGUGAACGGGGCGAACGCAGCUCCUGUGUACCAGUUCCUGAGGUCGCAGAAAGGCGGAGGGCUGCUGGGUGACUCGAUCAAGUGGAACUUCGGCAAGUUCCUUGUGGACAAGGAGGGCAAGGUUGUGGAGAGAUACGCGCCUACCACCUCUCCUUCCGCCAUCCAGGGCGAGAACGGCGUGGCGACGGAGGUGCCGAAGGGCAUCGAGCAGGCGGCGGCGGCGGGAAAUCUGGACAAGUUCGAGGGGACGACGAUCGUGAGCCCGAGCACGGACAGCAUGCUGCUGGUGGACGUGAAGAAGGCCGGGUGGAACGCCAUGAAGUGCCACAAGGACCUGGGCGCGCCGGGGCAAGGCGCGUGCACGCCCGCCAACUGCAGCAAGGGCGGCAUCCCGGCGAAAUGGAAGACGUCGAAUCUGCUCAAGAACAAGCUGGGCGUGGAGAUGUACGUGAAGGGUAACCCGCUCACGCUCAAGAAGGCGUCCCCGCAGACGUGCUGCAACACGUGCGCGUCGUUCAAGAGCUGCACGUACUGGCAGUACAUCCCCGAUAUAACCAUCGACGGCAAGAAGACGGACGGCGCGUGCUACCUGGUGCACGACAACAUCGACUACUCGUGCGGCGAGCUCACCGCGCAGUACGCAACUGACUCCAAGCCCAUCGCGCUGCAGGUGCGCACGGGCGGCGAGUGCAACCCCGCCGCGAACGUCGUCAACGACCCGCAUCUGGUGGGCGCGUUCGGGACGCACUUCGACUUCAACGGGCGGCCCGACAAGGCGUUCUGCCUGCUGACGGACCGCGACCUGCACGUGAACAUGCUGCUGCGCGGGUACUACUCGGACGACACGGAGAACGCGGCGCUCGUGGUGGACGGCAAGGCCGUGCACACGUGGAUCAAGGAGCUCGGGCUCGUGUGGUUCGCGGCCGGCGCGGAUCACAAGCUGCGCCUCGCGGCGCGCGGCGGCAAGCAGCAGGAGCGCGGCGAGGGGUUCAUGAAGACGAUCGAGAUCGACGGCGAGGAGAUCCCGAGGAUGGCCGUCGGCGACGAGGUGAAAACUGAGGGCGGCUUGAUGCUGCGAUUCGCGGCGCUGGAGAAGGAGGGGCCGUAUGACGUGGACUACUACACGCUCGCGAUCGACGGGCUCGUGUCGCUCGACCUGCGCCUGCGCGUCGCGAACCCUAAGCUGCAGACCCCCAACGACGCCGAGGCGCACAUCAACGUGGGGAUUGUCGAGCUCGAGCACACCGACGACGUACACGGCGUGCUCGGCCAGACGUACCGCCCCGACCACGCCGCGCGCGCCGCGGAUUUCCAGCGCCUGAUCGCGAACCUGCACCGUCCGAUCUCGUCGGACAGCGAGGAGGGCGUGGGGUUCCUGGACGGCACGCCGCGGUCGUACGAGUCGAGCUCGGUGCUCUCCGUGGACUGCGCGCACACUGAGUACCGCCGCGCCAAGCAGCUCAGCCCCGUCGAGGAAUUUCCCAGGGAGCCGCUUCACUAA